AUGUUGACGGUGCAUGUGACCUACAGCUGCACACCCGGCACGGCACUUGUGGCCCGCUCAUUCGCAGGUGUAACUUUGUCCCAGUUCCACAGGGCCACCGCGACCGGUUUCCCAAGUGGUGGGCGGCCAGUCGAAUGGCUCGACAAGAGGGUGAGGAGCGGGUGGCCUCUUUUGCCCUCUGAACAGGCUGACAGCGAGAGUGAGAAGAAGGGAGUGAAGGUCGGCCCGUGGCCGGGUGAGAUGCGUCCAGGCGAACCCUCGGGAAACAUGACCUCCCAGAUGACCCAGCAACCAGUGACACCAGAGUCUCGUCAGCUCGCCUCGAGACACAAAUUUCCGUGGGACCGUCAGGCUAGUCUGGUGUCGAGCUCUGAUUCCGUGCCGUCGCCUUGA